AUGUCCUCCUCAACCACCAAGGAAGGGGACGAUGGCACUACAUGGGCAAAGGCCGAGAGGAAGUUCGAAAGUAAAAGUGCAAGUGAAUUUUAUGACCCGUGCCAGGAGUUCGCAGACCGGAGUAUCAAAUGCAUGCGCCGCAAUGCAGGCGACCGAGACAUGUGCCAUGACUAUUUCCAGUGA